CAGCCGGACGACGUGCACCACCUCGGGUCGCAGCUGACGUUUCGUUGAUGGUCGUGUUCCGUCGGGAAGGACUUGUGAAGACGACGCCAACGACGCGGGUUUUACGUUUGAGUGCUUUAUCCAUGGCUUUAUCCUGCGACUAAUGAGUGAAUUAUGGAAUGAAGAAUGCCGAGUUUUAUUGAUCCGUAAUAGUCUCGACUUCUGUCUCAAGAAAAGGCUCAUGGUGGAAAAACGCUUCGCCAUCACAUAUCCCGGGCACGAAGAGCCGAGCAGCAACAACAAAAGGCGGCGCCGCACCGACGGGUCACACGUCGGGAACGGGGUCGGAAGCCCGCUGCAGAAUGGUCGCCGGCCGGCAGGAACCGGUGGCAGGAGGCUCUCCGAGGCUGGCCGCUGGAGACCAGUGGAGGGCUCCAUCUCGGCGGCCUGGUUCCUCUUGCAGACGUGCGUGUUUGUCUGCUGCCUCUUCUUCGUUUUCCUCUUCCUCAACCCGGAGUGCCUCGACGCCCCGCGUCUGGACUUGGACGGUCUCGGCAAGGCCUUGCGGCAGCGCAUUAUAGGACAGGACGUCGCCCUCAACCGGAUGGUCGGCGCAAUAUCGCGUUACUUGGACGCCGGUGACUUUUCGUUUCCGCUCGUGCUCGUGUACGUCGGCUGCUCGGGCUGCGGCAAGACCUACGCUGUUUCCAUCGUCACCAAGCAGUACGAGUUCGCCGAGACGAUCGUCGCGUCCCACCGAAUCGCGCUCGCCCGGAAGUUGAGGGACGACCUCGGGCGCUGGCUGCGGCGCACCGUGUCGUUGUUGCGACCCACCUUGAUCGCUGUCGACGACUUCGACCUCGAAGACGACUCUAUGCGACGGCAGCUGCAGGCAGCGUUUGCGUCGUGGGACCGGCUUGAGAUAACCGCAGAGCAGCCGACGGUCUUCAUUCUCGUCGUGACCAACGGCGCGGACAUCGCCGAGGGCUUUGCGCUGCGGAUGCUUGCAGACGGUCGUCCGACGAACGGCAGUCGCGACGUCGCGAUGCUCGUGAGCGCCUACCGAAACGUCUUGCCCCGCUGGAUGCGGGACUUCGAGGUCGUGCCUUUUCUUCCCAUGACCAGGGACGACGUCAAGGAGUGUUUCAGGCGAGAACUGUCGCAAAUGAAAGCUGGGAUCGAGGUACCGGACGACAAGCUGGAACGGUUGAUGGAAGAAAUUGCUUUCUAUCCUCCAGAGAGCUUGGCCUUUUCGGAGUCCGGCUGUAAAGAAGUUCCCAUAAAAUUGGCGUUGAAUUUUCCUUACCAAAGCUGGGUGUCCAGAAAGCAGGCUGAAAAGGGCGCUGCCGAGAUGGCGGUGCAAGGGCCUCCUCUUGGGGAGAUGGCGGGGCGAGGGCCUCCUCCGACUCCGGACGAUUUCUUCGAGGAGGAAGUCGCGCUCAACAUCAGCCCCGGCAUCGUUGUGCUGUUCGUCUGCCUAAUGGGGGGCAUGCUGGUGGUCCUCUAUUACUUUUUCAAGUAUCUGGUUUACUUCCUGAUUGGCAUGUUUGCGAUCGGAGCGAUAGUCUCAACAAUCGUCGUGUUCGAGCCGCUCAUCUACAGGCUACCCAUCGGAACAACCAGGAUUCCGCAGAAAUACAUUCCCUGCUUCCAUGGGCCCCUGGAAAUCCGUCAGCUGGCGCUCAUUGUCGCCUCAGCGGGUCUGGCAGUAUUUUGGGUGGUCAUAAGGCACCAGUCGUACUCCUGGAUGCUGCAGAAUUUUUUCGGAGUGAUGUUCGGCAUCAACCUGCUCAAGUCUCUGCGGAUGCCCAGCUUAAUGAUUAUAUUCUGGAUGCUGGUACUGCUUUUUGUUUAUGAUAUAUUUUUCGUUUUCUUGACGCCAUAUGUAACUAAGAAACCCGUGAACGAGACCGGCUCCCUUGGAAAAACCAAAGCGCGAGGUGACAGCAUCAUGGUUGAAGUUGCCAAAGGCACCGAUAGCAGAGAGAUGAUUCCCAUGGUUCUUCGAGUGCCGCGCAUGAUCAAUAAGGAAAUGGAGGCGUGCGUGAGCAGAUACGCUCUGCUUGGAUACGGCGAUAUCAUUAUACCAGGUCUACUGAUUGCCUACUGCCAUGGCUUUGAUCUCAUUCAUACUAUGGGUCGUCUGUAUUACAUCCAGGGUGUUAUAAGCUACGGUAUCGGUCUGGUCAUCACCUUCGUCGCCCUGUACCUGAUGAGGACGGCGCAACCCGCCCUCCUCUACCUGGUUCCAGCCACCCUCAUUCCGACGAUCGUCACGUCCUACUUCCGGGGGCAUUUCCGAGACAUCUGGAGUGGUGCGUGGCCAAUGCUGUCCGAGUCGGAGGACGCUCCUGCCCCGUCUGCCGGGAAAACGAGUCAGCCGGAAGAAGACGAGGAGCCGCGGCUAGCCCAUGGCAAUAAGCGCUUAUCCCGGGAACCCUAUGUCCAGCAACAGCCGUACGCCCAUGGCCCACACGGACAAGGUCUCUACGGGCCCGACACGCGAUCCCAAAUGUGGCGUCCCACGUAGCGUACAAGUGAUGACCCGCAGAGUCCCACUUCCUUCGUUUCUGUUUUGUGUAUUUCAGGCGAAGAUACAAUCACCCACGGUCAGCGCGCCGGAGGCUAUAAGCGUUGGAUAAAGC